CGCAAACUCACGUGCUCCAAUUCGUCCCACGUAUGGCUGCCGCUCAAGGAGGCGGCAGUCGCACGCCACCUAUGCCGCCAUUCGCGUCCAAGCGGACCAUGGGCCGCACCAACUCGACCAUCAUCGAUGGCGAUCUGCAAGCACAUGUCACAUCCCCCUCCAUGCUGUCGCCCUUGUGCAACGCCUUCGCGUAUAUUUCGUCCGUCAUUGGGGGCUUGUGGCGGCGGCGAUCCCUCGCCCGGCCAAUCUCCGUCGCACACCUCGCAUCGACGUCAUUAUCCCCUUCGCUGUCCCUUGCACACCCCUCCGACAUAGGGCAGACGUUUGUGGACCCGAUUUUGACGUUCGAUCCGGCGCACAGGCCACUGUUUGGCGCAGCGUCCAGCCGAGGUAUUCGGUCAUACAACGAAGACACGUUCCGCGUGAUCACAGACCUCGAGGCAUACGCAACGGCGCUGGUCACCCAGCAACGCACCAACCACCUCAAGAACCAAGAUGACGUCGACUCGUCCGGCACCAUGCGCACAGUACUCGACACCAUCAUCCGCGACAACACGAUAGACGCAGACGCGCCCCCGGCCCUCGCCGCAUGGACACUGCCGCCUUUGGACGUGGCGUGUGCAGCACGGGCGCCGUCUGUGCUCCUGGGGGGCACGAGUCAGUACUAUGGGGUGUACGACGGGCAUGCGGGGCGGCGUUGCUCGUAUGUGGUGUCGCAGGUACUGCCCAUGUGCGUAGCGGCCGCCGACGCGUUCAAGACUAACGUCGGCGACGCGCUCUUUGCAGCGUGUCUACAAAUGGACAAGCUGUUCUUAAACAUGGCGGCCACAAGGGGGUACCGGGACGGGUGUACGGCUAUCACCGUCGUGGUCCGCAAGGACGAAGUGACCAUCGCCAACAUUGGCGACUGCCGCGCAGUUUUGUGCUCGGAGGACCCAGUAACCAACCAAUCCAAGACCACGGCGCUGACUACGGACCAGAAGCCUAACUGCGCCGCGGAGAAGAUGCGGAUCGAAGCUGCCGGUGGCAUCGUGCUCAACAUCCGUGGCAUUCCUCGUGUCAAUGGCAUGCUGGCCGUGGCGAGGGCCUUUGGUGACCUACCACUAAAACGGUACAUCAUCGCAGAGCCUGAAGUGACGAGGUAUCAGCUCCAAGGUGUCGACGAGUACAUUGUGGUGGCAACCGACGGACUCUGGGACGUCUUUAGUAACGAUGCGGUGGGUUUGUUUAUAAGGACACAUGCGCAAAUGCCAUUGAACGAAAUGGCGGCGAAAAUGGCUAGUAUGGCCGUGGAAUUGGGUAGCACAGACAACGUCACCAUAGUGAUCAUAGAUGUUCGGAGAAAUCGAAGUCCGUGACAAUACUAGUAUAGUUUUAUCGAUCACCUUUUGAAUUCCGCCAUGGAAAUUAAUUUACAAAAGUCCAC